UACAGUGCUGAUCUUCGUUUCAGGACAUGAUAUUGAUGAAACUGAUUGAAGAUCUCCCAAUAUCUGCUUUACAGGAGUUCUUCUAGUGCGUCUCUGAGAGUGUUUCUGUGUGUCUGAUCACAUCAGUCUGUGAACUGUUGCCGUGUCGACUUAAAGAGUCAUUUCCCACAAAAGGGAAUCUAAUUAUUUUCUUUUCUCUUACACGUUAACCACCAACAUCUCCUUAUUCACACCCGGGUGCCAAACGCGCGUCCAUCCUGCCACUCGCGUCUCUUUGAACAUUGCGCUCGUAAAGAACGGGGGGUAUAAAACUGAAGUUUCACCCCUCACUGGGGCAUUUUCUCCACGACUGAUCCUCGAAUGGAUAACCUGAGAGAGGGCUUGGCACAGAUGGACUCUGCUGUGGAAAUCGAUGUGACCACGGCGAGGAUGUUGUCCCAGUGGAACUGGAGCGGAGAGGAGAGGACGUUUGGAGACUGCAGCGCGUCCUCACCGGAGUCCUCUUUUGAUUCCAUGUGCUCCUCACCGGAGAUGCGCUCCAGUCCCGGUGAACGCCGCACAUACGGACCCAAACACACCCUCGUCUGUGAGCAGCAGAAGCCCAAAGUGAAGAUGAGUAUGAAGAGACGGAUGAAGGCGAGUGAGAGGGAGAAGCUCCGCAUGAGGAGUCUGGCGGAGGCGCUGCAUCAGCUCCGGGAUUACCUGCCGCCGGUGUACAGCCGCAGAGGACAACCGCUCACCAAGAUCCAGACCCUCAAAUACACCAUCCAGUACAUCAAAGAACUCUCUAGCAUCCUCGACCAAGACUAAAGACAGAUUCAAAGAUGGGGUGUGUGUACAGGUCUCUGUUCUUGGACAUUUCAUUGACACUUAUGAGCAGAAAUGACACGUGAUCUGAACCUGCUGUUGUACAGAAUAUCUUUCUUUCUUUCUUUUUGUUUGUUUUUGUUUUGUUUAUCCACUCAAUAG